AUGAAGUCCAUCAUUGUCGCUCUCACCACCCUGGCCACGGUGGCCUUGGCCCAGGACACGGCUGGCCUUGAGCAGUGCGCGCAAACCUGCGCCAACAACAUGCUGUCUGCCAAGAAGGCAGAGGAGCUGGAGUGCAAGGAGGGUGAUUUGAAGUGCCUUUGCGCCAACGUCAACUUCACCUACGGCCUCCGCGACUGCACCAACUCUGUCUGCGGUGGCAAGUUCGCGGAUCAGAUCAUCGAAUACGGCAAGAAAAUCUGCGCCGGUGCCGGAGUCGUCAUCACCACUGGUGGCGGCAACAGUGGCAGCGCCACCAACACUGCGACCGACGGUGGUGCUACCAAGACUGGAGGCGGUGGCAGCAGCGGAGACGCCAAGGUCUCCACCAUCUUCAGCACUGUCACGGGCACCGACGGCAAGGUCGAGACGACUCCCGUUGCCACGACCACUAUUGGCGGCGGCGAGGCGUCCGGCACUACUGGCAAUGGAGGCGUCGUUGUCACUACCGAAACCUCUGCCGGAUCUCAGAUCAUCCGCACGCUCACCACCAUGACCAGCGGCCAGUCUGGCACCGCCUCCGGCUCUGGCACCGAGACGGGCACGGCUAGCGCUUCUGAGACGACCGGCGAGAGCAGCACCGGUUCUGAGACUGGUGGCGCCUCUACCACCAGCGGCGAGGCUUCGGGCACUACUGGAGGCAACGGCGGCGCUUCGCAGACAUCGGCCACCCGUUCGGGCACCUCGUCUAGCACUGGCUUUGCUGCUCCCCAGAAGACGGCCGCUCCUGCUGGCAUCCUGGCCGCCGCUGGCCUCGCUGCUCUCUUCCUGUAA